AUGGACGACAUGGCCUCACGGAUAGCUUCCCUACGGUCUAUACUGCCAGACCUCGAGUCGGCGCUUACAUCUUUCGCCCACUCAUCCUCCAAGUUCGGCGUUGUUCGCACCGUCAACCCCACCAGCACGCAACCAAAGACGCUGUACAUCCUCGAUUCUUCUUUCAACCCGCCUUCAGUGGCGCAUCUUUCUCUCGUGACCUCUGCGCUGGAAAGUCCGGCAGAAUCGGAGAGAAGUCCGUACCGGCUGCUGCUGCUCUUCAGUACGCAGAAUGCAGACAAGGCACCCAGCCCCGCGAGUUUCGUGCAACGCAUUGCAUUGAUGACUAUCUUCGCAGAGGACUUCUCACGAACCCUCAAGAAGUCGUCUCCCGAUACAGACCUCGCAGAUCUGUCAAUCGACAUCGGUCUCACGAAAGAGCCAUACUACUCAGACAAAUCCAUUGCGAUUCGAGACACCACCCCUCCCUUCUACUCGUCAAACCCAAUUCACGUCCACCUGACUGGCUACGAUACCCUCAUUCGCUUCUGUAACCCCAAGUACUACCCCGCAUACGAUCCGCCUUUGUCAGCGUUGAGACCGUUCUUCGAUGCUGGACACAAGCUGCGCGUAACUCAGCGGCCGGCCGACCCGAACGACAAGUCGUCGAAUGAAUUUGGCACUGUGGAAGAGCAACAGAAGUAUGUACAGGAUUUGAGGGAUGGCACACGUGAGCAGGAUGGCUUCGAUCCAAAGUGGGGGAGCAACAUCGAUCUGGUCAAGGCCAACGGUGGUGUAGGCAUCAGCUCGACAAGGGUGCGCAGUGCUGCGAAAGAGGGCAAGUGGAACGUGGUGAAGGAGCUUUGUACGGAGGGUGUAGCAGCUUGGCUCCAAGACCAAGCUUUGUACAGUGAAGAUGCGAGCGGCAAAAAGCUAUCGAGCUGA